AUGUCCAGAACUCCAGAUAAUGCAGCGGUAGGCUAUAUAGGCCUGUACGUCAGCUUUGAAAAUGGAGUUGAGGCCAGACAGACAGGGGGCAUAGGACUGCAUAUUUGCUCGGAGAGUUACUUCAACAACGACGAUAGGUUCAACUACAACUAUGCGCAGGCCAAAGCCACAGCAGGCAACUACAAGGAAGCAGAGGAGAUUUUUGUGCUCAUUCAGAGUGAGAAGAUCAAGAAUGACUACACGUGUCUCUGGUUGGCAAGAUGCUACAUCAUGAAUCGUAAGGCCAGACUAGCCUGGGAGUUGUACCUUAAGAUGGAGACGUCUGGCGAAUUUUUCAGCCUGCUGUAGCUCAUUGCCAACGACGGCUACAAGAUGGCCAGUUCUACUAUGCGACCAAGGCUUUCGAUGUCUUGGAAAGAUUGGACCCCAAUCCUGAAUACUGGAGAGGCAAGCGAGGGGUGUGCGUGGGCGUAUUCCAGCAGAUCAUAGCUGGCCAUGAACCAAG